AUGUUGAAUUCAAGCCAACAACACGGGACCAAAGCCGCCACCGCCGACAAAUCUAUCAAAGGAGACAAGAAAAAGAAGUCUUUGCUUCCAAGUAUCUUUGGUAAAAAGGGAAGAAGUGGAAGAGAGUCAGAUGGAGAUGUAUUACCAGGUAUGGAUUACCUCUUUGAUUAUUUGAAUCGACAAUAUGCGGCGAGAAGUUUUUUCUUGGAUGCAUCUCCUCUUAUCAGAAAAAGCUUUUCAGAUAGACCUUCGAAUUCACGCAUAGAAAGCCUGAAUCUUUGCACCUUUGAACGACCGUUGGAGGAACAAAUAAUAGAGAAGAAAGAGUACAGGAUAUUUGUUGGGACAUGGAAUGUAGGGGGUAGACCUCCACACGUUGGCCUCAAUCUUGAAGAUUUUCUACAAGUUGAAGAAGGCAUAGAUAUAUAUGUGAUAGGGUUUCAGGAAAUAGUUCCUCUGAAUGCAGGCAAUGUGCUUGUCAUUGAGGACAACGAACCCGCUACAAAGUGGCUCGCGCUCAUCGGUCGAGCCCUUAAUAGGCCUAAAUGCAGAUCCUUGAGUGAUAGGGAAGAGCCUUCAUCAGAUUCCAACUCAUCAAAGCACAUCAACCAAGUGAAAGAGGAGAAGACAGGAAGAACCACCUUCCAGAGGUCCUCACUGAAGGUUCUAAGCAAACAAAAUAGAGCAAAUAGUGAUUUGGCCAAGAUCUGUAACUGCUCCCUCGACCCAUCUAGCGUGCACUGGAGGGCGAGGGAGAUGAGGGAGUUCAUAAAGAGGAUUGAAUCAAUCGCUGUUGAUGAGAAUUCUGCCUUACCAUGCUGUGGUGGUCAAGAGAAAGUGAUUGGAAAUGAAUAUUGUUUGAUUUCCAACAAACAGAUGGUGGGCAUCUUCUUGUCUGUGUGGGUGAGAAAUGCUCUUGUCCAACACAUUGGCCAUCUUAGGAUUUCCUCUACAGGGAGAGGGAUCAUGGGUUACCUUGGAAACAAGGGAUGCAUCGCAAUGAGCAUGACAAUUCAUGAGACCAGCUUCUGCUUUAUCUGUAGCCAUUUGGCUUCAGGAGAGAAAGAAGGUGACGAAUUGAGGAGGAACUCCGAUGUCACCGAGAUCUUGAAGAACACGCAGUUCCCUAAGAUAUGCAAGAGAACAACUCGUCGAGUACCUGAAAGAAUCAUAGAUCAUGAUCGAGCAUUUUGGCUUGGUGAUUUGAAUUAUCGAGUUGCUUUGAGCUAUGAGGACACAAGAACAUUGCUAGAUGAUAAUGAUUGGGAUGCUUUACUAGAGAAGGAUCAGCUAAAUAUGGAGAAGGAAGCAGGAAGAGUAUUUCAUGGCUGGAAAGAGGGAAAGAUCUAUUUUGCACCAACUUACAAGUACUCUCACAACUCUGAUGAAUAUGCUGGAGAGACAGUAAAGUCCAAGAAGAACCGUCGAACCCCGGCAUGGUGUGAUCGUAUAUUAUGGUCUGGAGAUGGUAUUGAGCAACUACAAUAUAACAGAGGAGAGUCGCGGUUCUCCGACCACCGGCCGGUAUGUGCAGUGUUCAAAACUCAGGUGGAGGUUAGCAACAGUGGCUGUUACAGGAAGGGCCACUCCAGUUCAGGAGGAAGGAGUUCCAUUGAUGAAACCAUACCUCAAAGGCACAGCUUCUAUGAGUUCUGA